AUGAAAUACUUUGUCGCGUUCGCUAUUUUCGCUCUUGCUUUUGCCGCUGAGGAGAAGAAGGAAGAGGAGAGGCCGAAGACUUUCAGAAGAUUGAUCCCAGCAGAUGUUUUAAGAGAUUUCCCUGGAAUGUGCUUCGCCUCAACUCGUUGCGCUACUGUAGAGCCUGGCCAAGACUGGGACCUGGCUCCUUUCUGUGGUCGUUCCUCUUGUGUGCUCAGCGAGGACGUACCUCCAAGGCUGUUGGAGCUGGUUGAAGACUGCGGACCUUUGCCGCUUGCCAACGACAAGUGCAAACUUGACACUGAAAAGACCAACAAGACCGCGCCCUUCCCUGGAUGCUGUCCAGUCUUCACUUGCGAGGAUGGAGUCAAGUUAGAAUACCCAGAACUCCCCACACCCGCUCCUGAUGCACCCGCGAAGGAAGAAGAGAAGAAAGCUUAA